AUGGAGGAGCACGUUACGAUUGCGAGUGGAUCAGCUGAUCGCGGAACAGAAAAGUGUUACAUCUGUGGCGAACAGUUCACGGCAGGGCCGGAGCUAGAUCAUCAUCUGGACACACAGCAUGCCGCGGGCCUGAUACCGUAUCGCUGUGCGGCAUGUGACACCGAUCGACGCUUACCGAUCCGUUCGAUGCGUGCUAUUAAUAAACAUUUCGCCCUGCACGAUGCGAACGAGCGGAUGCACCAGUGCAGCUACUGUCCGCUGCGCUUCCGCACCGAGCGCAAUCGACAGUCCCACGUGCGGCUGUACCAUCGUGGCGGGGCACACAAUGUGCGGGACGAGAAGGGGAAAGGAUUGACGGAGCAGGAUUGCUUAUCGAGCCAGCAGAAACCAGCGAUCGGGCGCAGUGAAAAGGAUCGCUUCCAGUGCUGCCACUGUGGACGCACCUACACGUCCGCGAACGCACUGAAGCGGCACGAAAAUACGCACACGCUGGGGGUGCGUUACGCCUGCCGGCAGUGUGGGAAAGUGUUUGCCAAGCUGGAUUGCCGCGCGCAGCACGAGCGCAUCCACAGCCAGACGCGACCGUACGGGUGCGAUCAGUGUUCGCAGACGUUCAUUCAGCUGGGCCAUCUACGCAUACACAAGCGCGCGCGGCACAGUGGCGAACGGCCCCACGUGUGCGCGGUCUGCAAUCGGGGGUUUCGGUGCCGGACGGCACUAACCGUGCACGGGCGCACGCAUACCGGCGAGAAGCCGUUCCGGUGUGCGGUCUGUUCGGUGCGGUUUACUGACGCGGGCACGUUGCGGAAGCAUGGAGCGGUGCAUCGCGAGAAGCUGGCGAGCAGUGGUUGUCGAGGAAGUCGCGACGCAGCUGCAAAGGGGUAA